GAUUAUGCAACGUUCUUAAUGUCCUCAACAAGGGACAUAUCAUGCAAUAUUAAUUAUAUUUAAUAUUCGCGCUCGCCACACAGUCCGGCUGAUGAAAUGCAGCUGUAACGUAAGUGUGACACGUGAAUGGAAGGUUCGACAUGUACACGCAUAAUACUACAGUACUACACGGCAGUACCGGAGUAAAAAUGACCACAGGAGGAGCAGAAGAGAUGGGGGCGGUCGGUACAGUGGACUCUAUGGAGCAAUGCGCAGCCCCCGCCUCUUGUGACUACGCUAUGGUCUGAUGUUCUACAGGAUCCCUCUGCGUGGGGGGGGGGGUGGAUUAUCUCUUUGUCACACGGGAGGAUUAUGACCACAGAGACGUGAGACUGCGUUUUGAACGUCCCUCGGCCAUGUUUCCCAGCGUUUUCCUGCCGCGGGGGGGUUCGUCGUAACAUCCCUCCUCCCGACAGCCAGAGUGGUCGAGCUCGAGACUGCCGCCCUGCGCCUCCUCCCUCCAUCUCCACCUCCAUCUCCUCCUCCUCCUCCUCCUCCUUCAGCCAGGAGCCGUGCUGGACAGCGACCAUCAUCAUGGGCGACGGAGUCCCGCAGCUCAUCAAGAUCAGCGUGUCCCUCAAGGUCCAGCCCAACAACGGGCCCGUCUUCUUCAAGGUGGACGGGUCCCGCUUCGGGCAGAACCGCACCAUCAAGCUGCUCACGGGCUCCAAGUACCGCGUCGAGGUGGUCAUGAAACCGGGCGCGGCGGAGGCCACCACUAUGAGCAUAGGGGGGGUGACCUUCCCCUUGGAGCAGCAAUCCAAAGACCCCCAGUCGGUGGUCUACACUGGGGUCUACGACACUGAGGGCGUGACACACACCAAGAGCGGAGAGAGGCAGCCCGUCCAGGUCAACAUCCAGGUAAAAACCUCUCAGGGGGCCUGUUGUCCAGAAACGGACUUGGGCAAAGUUGGGGGGGGAGCUCUUUUACUACCAGGGUUUGGUUUCUCCUCCAUCCAUGGGUACGGUCACGUGCUGCACUGCGGUGUGUUAUUAAUACGACAGAUGGAGCUCAUUCUGUCAACACAGAACUCUUCCCACCGCCCAGUUUUCUAUCCAUUUCACAGCACUUCUCAUUCACGUGACUGUGUGUUCCGGAAUUAGGGACGCUACGUGUGUGUGUUCACCAUCCAUCAGGGCAGAGUGCGAGGGUCCUGGUGGAAGUUUGCUACCCCCCCCCCCCCCCCCCCCCACCUUCUGUGGCUCCAGGAUAAAGUUAUUGACCAAAUUAUUGACAAGCUCUCCCCUUGGGAAAAGCCCCCGCCCUCCCCACACACACACACAUACACACACACACACACAGACACACACACAGACACACACAGAGUGAGAUCAGGUGCAGCAAACUCAGCUGUUACAUCAGCUGUGAAUGAGUUCAAUCAACUGUAGCACUGAAGGGCUCAUUGUAACGCAAAAUUCUAGCAGACAAUAUUGCUCGGUCCCCCCUCCCAUUUGGGAUAAAAGAAGUUUGUGCAGACAUUCCAACUUUGAAAAAUUCAUUUUGGAGUGGGGCGGAUCCGAGAAGAAUUUGAGAGGCAAUUUGCUAAAAUUUAAAAGACUCCCCUCCACCAAAAAAAAAAAAAAACCACUUGUAGUCUGAGGGGGUCCCCCAAAGGUAGUUAUAAUUCUGAAUACCCUGAAUAUGACAAAUUAUAACUUAGAAACAACUCACUCACACACACACACACUGGCUGAAACCGUUCGUUCCGAGGGGGGUCACGGCAAGCU